UCUUGCCCUAAGGUUCCCAAGCUUGUGCGUCUGGAAAUCGACGCAACUCGACAAAAAACCGGCGUGCCGAAACGUGACUUUGAACUCCAUCACCACUAACCAGCAGCAAAUCUUCGACGUCUGACCGACCAGCAAAAUGGGUGACGCUACCAUCGAGGGUUCUAAGUGGCGACUGGUCGAGGUCGGCCGUGUCGUCCUUCUCCAGGGCAACAGCCCCUACGCCGGCCGCCUUGCGACUAUCGUCGAGAUCAUCGACCACAAGCGCGCUCUGGUCGACGGCCCCUCCUCAGACGCUCAGCUCGUCGUCCCCCGCCAGCCCAUCUCCCUCUCCAACGUCCUCCUCUCCUCCCUCAAGGUCGAGGGCCUUCCCCGCGGCGCCCGCACCGGCACCGUCAAGAAGUUCUGGGCCAAGUCCGAGAUCGACGCCAAGUGGAAGGAGACCAACUGGUUCAAGCGCAGCACCCAGAUCGAGCGGAGAAAGAACCUCACCGACUUCGACCGCUUCAAGGUCCUCCGCCUCAAGAAGCAGCGCCGUUUCGAGCAGCGCAAGGAGCUGGUCAAGGUCAAGGCCGCGGCGUAAUGGACUUGCGAUUGGGACGUCUAUGGGGUUGACUUUGAAGACUACGGGGCUGGUUUAGAGCGUGACAGCAUGGGAAUCCGGUUUGGUCUGCAUCACCGCAGCAUUGGGUUGCUGCACAUCUCUUUUGCUCCGUAACUGGAAGGGCUGUAUGUCACAUUCAUCAUCAACCAUAUGAUGACCGGCGUCAAAUACGGAAAUUCAGAGACAAAAAAUGAAUUCAUGGCACAAUCAGAAAAAUAGAUUGGUUGGCUCGUGACGGGGACACGGAGUAAAG